ACACCCAUGUACUACUUCCUUUCCAAUCUGUCCUUGGCUGACAUCAGCACCACCACUGUCCCCAAGAUGCUAGUGAACCUCCAGACACACAGCAAAUCCAUCACCUAUGCAGGCUGCCUAACACAAGUGAUGCUUUUUCCUCUUUUUGCCUGUUUGGAGAGUCUACUUCUGACAGUCAUGGCCUAUGACCGGUUGGUGGCCAUCUGUCACCCCCUACACUACCUGGUCAUCAUGAACCCCCACCUCUGUGGCUUCUUAGUCCUGCUGUCAUUUUCCAUCAGUCUUUUGGACUCCCAGUUGCACUACCUGAUGAUGUCACAGCUCACCUUCUGUGCAGAUGUGGAAAUCCCUCAUUUCUUUUGUGAACUUUCUCAGCUCCUCAGUCUUGCCUGUUCUGACAUCUCCAUCAGUAUUAUAUUAAUGUAUUUCAUUGGCACAAUCUUGGCUGGAAUUCCAUUCUCAGGGAUACUUUACUCUUAUUCUCAAAUUCUUUUCUCCAUUCUCAGAAUCUCAUCAUCAGGAGGCAGGUAUAAAGUCUUCUCCACCUGUGGCUCCCACCUGUCCAUUGUUUGCUUGUUUUUUGUAACAGGCCUUGGUGUGUACCUCAGCUCAGCUGUCUCAUCUUCCUCCAGGAAAGGGGCAGUGGUCUCCAUGAUGUACACUGUGGUCAUACCUAUGCUGAAUCCCUUCAUCUACAGCCUAAGAAACAGGGACAUAAAGCAUGCCCUGUGGAGGAUUAUCAGCAGACACUUAGCCCAAAUGGAUCACCCAUGUGAUAACAGGGACAAAAACCUGGUUGCACUGAUGGAUGGAAGGAUGAAUGGGGAAGAGAGCUCCAGCUCUAGGUUCAGUAUGGGGAUGACCAUGGUGUACACCACUGAGGUCACUGUCCCCUUUGAGGAGGAGGAGGAGAAGGCAGAACUGAGGUACAUGCCUAACCCUGUCCCGUAG